UCAAGUUCUCAUAUGAGCUUAACUAUGGGAGUUUGUGCUCUCCUAUAGAGGUAUAGGUGCGAUCCUGUAUUCAUCCCUUUACCCUUCACUUUGGACCUCACAAUGCGUCAAGAGAAUGCGGGACGGCGAUCUCGUCGGCAAACCGUCCCGUCCCGUCCGCCUCUGGAGUUAACAGGCAAGGAGACUGAGGAAGCUGAGGCAGUACCAGAUGGCCUGAAAUCGAUUGGGGACAUUUAUAAUGAACUUGAGUUUGUCGAAUGGUACAAUGAGUUGGAAGACAGUUUGCUCGAGAGUAGCUACGAUGAGUAUCAAGCCUGCCUUCAUGAGCUUCAGAUGUCAAAAUCACAUCUCGAUACGCUACUAUCUGAUACAUCAUCAACCCUCGACCUCCUAUCAAACCUGUCCAAAGACUUUAAAGCAGUAGAAUCGCAGACGUCCAAUUUUCAGAACCAGUGUGAAGGGCUCCUCUCCGCUCAGAAACGCGACUCAGAGCUAGCUACAGAUAUCCAAGAUAACCUCCAAUACUAUGACUUCCUGGAUCCCGCUUCAAGGAAGCUUAACGCUCCGGGUGCUGGUAAUACGGUUCGCGGUCAGGACUUCUCCGAUAUGCUAAGGCGGCUCGACGAAUGCUUGGACUAUAUGGAAAUACAUGCCGAUCAGAAAGAGGCCGGUGUAUAUCGCUCCAGGUAUAGGCUCCUGAUGACACGCGCCCUCACGCUCAUUCGGGGACACUUUGUUUCUGCACUGCGCGACGUAUAUUUGAGUGUCUCAAAAAAGAUAGCAGAUAAACAGCUCAACGAUACUACUAUGUCUGCUCUACUUUAUGCAAAGUUCCGAGUUGGCGCGCCUGAGUUGAAGCAGAUCGGCCUGGAGAUCCAGAAGAGAGCAGUUCCCCCACUGGAUCCUGAGCAAGGGACGGAAGCUGAAUAUCAAAGUCUUCUCAAUGAGCUCCAUGCCAAUUACGCAGCUAUACGUGGUAAACUGAUUGUGCCACUAGUGCGUAAGAAACUCAAUGAGAUUGCGCAGGCUCCAAGUACAUCGACGGAUCUGGUUGCUUUCGCUCGUGGCAGUAUCAGCUACAUCCGCGGUGUAUGUCUGGACGAAUUUGACCUGUGGGGUGAAUGGUUUCACGGACAGGGGGGCUUAUACGACUUUCUGGAAACAAUAUGUGAGCCGCUUUACGACCAUCUUCAACCCAAAAUCAUACACGAAGAUAAAAUAAUCAAACUCUGCCAACUUUGUGCUCUUCUUCAAACUCGUUAUCUUUUCGACCAGGAGGAAGAGACCGAGCCCAUAGACGUCAACCAACUCGACUUCUCUACAUUGAUUCAACCUGUGCUGGAGGACGUUCAGACUCGGCUCGUUUUCCGCGCCCAGGCCUUCCUUCGCGACGAAAUCGAACGGUACAAGCCUCGCCCCGAUGACCUUGAUUACCCUGCGCGCAAUAGACAGGCUUCCAUAUUAGUUACGGAUGGGCAAAUUUCAGGCCGGAAGGUUACGGCUGCUGAUGCUCUCUCAAACCUUCCCAAGCCCGUAAAGCAGCCCGAAGACGGCGUAGACUCUCCGUCAGAACAAGACUCAAAGUGGGACUUCGAGUCGCAGGUCUCGCCGAGCAACUGGUACCCAACAUUACGGAAAGCCAUCUGGCUUCUGAGCAGGAUCUACCGCCUUGUAAAUUCCACUGUAUUUGAUGAUUUAGCGCAUCAAAUCGUCCACCAAACCAACAUCUCUCUUCACCAUGCGAGCUCCCUGAUUGCCAGCAAAUCCGUCACAGACAGCCAACUGUUUCUCAUGAGCCACUUGCUCACCUUAAAACAGCAGAUCGUCGCCUUUGACAUCGAAUAUGUUGCCCCUGAAGUCUCAUUCGACUUCUCAGGCGUCACAAACACAUUCUGGGAAUUACGAGAAAGGGGCGGUCUCUUCAACCCCCGCAAUCUGAUGCGCCUCGUUGGCCACGGCCUACUACCCCGAGUCGUAGAGAACAUGCUAGACGCAAAGGUAGAGCUGGACGGACGACUCAGAACGGUGAUCAACGACUUCAUCAGCGGAUUCGCCACCACGAUGACGGCCUCCCUCCCGGCCAAGUUCGUCGAUACCCGAAACCUGCAGCGCGGGGAGCUGAUCUAUCCUACAUGUCGAAACAUAGAGAAAGAAGUCCCGAAUCUCCGAACGAUCCUCAGCGACUACCUUGACGAUGUGCGUAUGAAGGAAACAUUAGUGGGUGCCGUCCAGGAACGUGUUAUCCAGAUAUACGAAGAAUUCUUUGACAAGUACAUGUCUUCGGAGAAGAGCAAGGGACAUUUCGUGAGUACCAAGGGCAAGGGUCGUGAGGAUGCCGUAUGGGAUGUGGACACCUUUGCAGAGUGGUGUGAGAGUAUCUUCCGAGUUGGUAUCUCCAAUGCAGACGAUGAAGCUACGAGCAGGAGCAGGAGCGGUAGCCUUGAAUCUAGGAGUCGGUAGCUGGCUUAUCAUUUUUUGGAUAAACAUCAAGUUGCUGAAUGUAUAUACAAAAAUCUCUAUACUGGAGACAUAUCCUCCCAAUACCAUGUCCAUAUUGUUGCAACGUCUGUACCUAGACCUAUACAUGAUUGUAACGUCACCCUACUCUUGAU